GGUCGGAGCGGCUGGUUUCUCCCUCCAGCCGUGGAUCCCCCCGGCCGAAGCGUGUCCCCAGCGGGACCAGGUGCCCGCAUGCAGAAGCGGAUGGGCGAGGCGGUGGCCCGGGUGGCCAGGAAGGUGAACGAGACGGUGGAGAACAAAACGGAUUCCCUGGCUAAUAUCCAAGAGCCGCACGCAGUUCAUCAAAAGGGAGAGAUGAAAGGCGCUCAUUUUUAUUCACGCUGGGUGCCCUGGGGUACAAACCAGCAAACACCGAGUCUCAGCUUCGUGGCUCAGUCUCUUGACGUCCCCCUGAGCGAGAGGAGAAGCAGGGGAGGACCGAGCUCCUGCAGCCCCCAACAUGGCUUUGGGGAGGGGGCGGGCAGCAGAGCCCAGGCUGAGCAUCACGGGACCGGGAUACAGGGUUUCCAUCCCCCGGCACAUCCCUGGGAUGGAAAACGGAAACAAUUCAGAAAAAAAACGCUGGCAGAUCUGGCCAACUGCAAGCUGAUCGCCUUCCCCGUCGGCAUCUACAAAGCCAUGAGGAGCGUCACGGAGGGCAUCCACCGCAUCUCACUGGCAAACAACGAGCUCAAGUCCCUCACCAGCCGCUUUGUCACCACCUUCAGCCAGCUGAGAGAGCUCAACCUGGCAGGCAACUACCUACACCGCCUGCCCGAGGAGGUCACCUCCCUGCUGCACCUCCAGGCCAUCGACCUCUCCCGCAACAGGUUUCGGCGUUUCCCCGAGCCCCUGACCACCAUUGCAGCCCUGGAGACCAUCAACCUGGAAGAGAACGAGAUCACAGAGGUGCCAGUGGAGAAGCUGGCCACCAUGGCAUCGCUGCGCAGCCUCAACCUGCGGGCCAACCCCGUCGGCCCCGAGGCGCGGCUCCUCGUCCGGCCCCUCGUCCCCUUCGACCUGCUGCUGUCACCAGAGGAGCCUGUCCCCAAAGCCUGAGGGGGUCUCAGGGUGCCCGGGUGAGCUCUCCCGAGGGGCGACUGCCUGCCAGAGUGGUUGGGCUUAGGUCCGUCCCUGCUGCGUCCCUCUUGCUGCAUCCCUCUUUCUGUCCCAAACCCACAGCAAGGCAGCAAAUCCCUUUUUUUUUUUUUCCUUUUCCUUAAUAAAAAGCAAGCAGCAGGGAUCCCGCACGAAGGGAUGGCUCUGCCAGCUCCCCAGACGGGAAAUCUCCUGCUUUGUGUUUUGCCAAGCGCUUGGGGACGAAGCAGAGCCAGGAUGUGCACGGUGUGAAGUUUGGGUAAAACUGGGGGAGCUGGAUGCUCGGCUGCAUCCAUCCUGCCCGGACAGUGAUGGGGAACAUCUGCUGCCCCGGUCCAGGGCCGGGAUGGUGGGGGACAUCCCUGCGGCCAUAUGGGUUCCCCCUUGAAUUGCUGAUAAGGUGAUGUGCCAAAUGCCUGAUUAAAUGUUUUCCUGUUA